AGUUCACAGCUAUUAUAUUCAGUAUAUCAUCAGCUAUGAUUGUAACUAUUGUUUUAACGAGUUUGAUGUUGACGUACGAUGUGGUUUAUGGAAAUUAUCAUCACUACAGAAACACUACGCUUCACAAAUAUGGGCCCAAUGUUUGCGCUGUCGAAGAGAUUUCGUCAGGUAACGGCUUAGCGACAUCGCACAGGGAGCGUGGUUGGCCAAUAGACGAUCGCCAGCAGCAACAUCGCACUUGUGGACAGAAUACAAUCGUGAGGUAUGAAUGCUGCUUGGGGUUCAAAUCGAUGUAUGGAUGUCCAGGAUGCACCGGUGUGAAACUGUCAAAAAACGUGAUGGAAACCGCUCAAGAACUCGGCGCACACGAAUUCGUCCGGUACGCCCGGCAACACGGCUUAUACGAUUUGUUGACCAGCGACGGCCCGUAUACGAUAUUUGUUCCCACUGACGAAGCUUUUUCCAAAAUGGAUAACGCAUUUCGGUCGGCCAUGGAGUCUUACGAAUCGGCCAUCGAGAUACUCAGAUAUCACGUAGUGCCCUUGAGGAUCGUGACACAAAACGUAUCUUCCGACGUGUUGUUGAACACGUUAAAUGAUGGACUUCAAUUGAGGUUUAAUAAAUACUCUACAAAAAUCGAAACAAUAAAUUGUGUUACGAUAAUGCGUAAGAACCGAAUCGCUCAAAACGGAGUAGUACAUUUAAUUAAUUCUGUACUAAGUCCUUACAGUUAUUCAAAUCGAAAUUUGGUUCAAAUCAUCAACCAGAACCAAGACUUAUCAAUAUUUUCAAAAAUUCUGGAAAUUUCACGUAUGCAUCAAAGUCUAAAAGAAACAUUUCAAACACUGACGGUUAUGGUUCCUACUGAUAUAGCAUUACAACGACUACCACAAAAUCAACUCAGAAGGAUAUUGAAUGAUGAGACGCUUAGCAAGGCGUUUGUGUUAAAGCACAUAUUGCCGACACCUGUUUGUUUGAGUGCUGUCACUGAAGAACAGUACGUCAAAAGUCUGGCGGACAACAAUUACGUAAAAUUCAGCUGUGACAGGACGAACGCUGUGAUGGCUCAAGGAAACUGUAUCGGUAACGAUUUUAAAUUAUCGUCCAAUGGAAUUAUUUACGCAAUAAAUUUCCCACUAAGCUCCGGAGAAGGGAAAUCAGCAUUGCAGAUCAUGCAGCAUUUGGGUCUAAGCGAAUUUGUACAGAUCGUUAACAUUGCCGGACUCGCGCAAACGUUUGAAAAUUUUAACACGCUAACCGUUUUCGCGCCGACCAAUCAAGCCUUAAGAUGUAUGAAUCCCAUGAAAAUGUAUCACAUCCGCUCCGACCCGAGUGCUGCCCGAGCGUUCGUAGAUUUUCACGUUGGCAGACAAAUAAUGACAGUCGAGAACAUUUACGACGGAAAAACUGUCGAAAGUUUUGCUCUUGGCAAGCAACUUCGUCUGCAGUGCGUCCAGAACGAGUUCGGUGUCGAAGGACGUCGGAUUCACUUUCAAACUGUGCGGGGCUACAACGGGGCCGUUCAUGUUGUCGACCAUGUAUUAUAUCCACCGACGAUAUCCGUCGAAGACCUGAUUAGGAAAAACGAUAGUUUUAGUCUGUACACGCAAGCGAUGGACCUGGUACUGGGCACUUUUUCGAAGGAUCAAAUGUCAUACGAGUUCUGCAAUGGUAUGCACAAUACGUACUUCGUACCUACGAAUUAUGCGUUCAGAAAACUUGGGGCUGACGAACUGCACAGGUUGUUCACAAACCCUACCCGUAUGCGACAAAUUCUAGACAACCACCAGGCUGACCGCAUCCUGCCGUCAGCGUUGAUCAAUACACGUCAACAAUACGAGAUCAAAACGAAAAACGAAAUUGUCCGCUUGUCCAACGAAGACGGCAAGCUUAUGGUCAACGAAGCUGAAAUAAUCGAAACGGAUAUAAUGACGACCAACGGACUGAUCCACGUGGUUGACGAUUUGAUUUUACCACAAUACAGACGGAGAAACGAAUAAAACGAAUAAAUAUCGACUACAUUAUACAUCAUUAGAUAUAAGCAAAUAUUAGUAAAUUAUUAAUUUAAUAUGCGAUUUAUAAUACACAUUAACACAAUUAAAGCCAAUA